AUGGAGCGGGGGAGGGCUUCUGGCUUCUGGCUUCUGGCUUCUGGCUUCUGGCUUCGAGCCGCUAUCCGACUGAUAUCCAUCGGCCACUGCAUCACCGCGUCCGCGAAACAGAAGAGAUCCCUUUCCGUCAGGUUUCUACAGGGGCGAAGGAUUCUGCUUCCCCGAUACCCUCAGCAGGAGGAGGAUGCCCCCCCGCAGACAGGAAUCUGCUUCCCCGAUAACCCCCAGCCGAAGGAGGACGCAGGAUUCUGUGUCCCCGGUACCCCCCCGCAGGCAGAACUCUGCUUCCUCGAUACCCCCCCGCAGGCGCUAUCUUGCUCCCGGCCGGUGGCCCACUAG